CGAAAGGGGAGGGGGUUAUUAAUCGAACCUCUAUAGAAUUCGGGCAAAACGAGGACUGUUCCCUCGUCCUAAAACGCCAUUACAGUUUGCGGUUUCAAAUUCUUUUAUCAUGUAAAACGUGAUUUGCCCAAGCGAACUCUUCUUGCGACAACCUCCUUCGGAAUCUCCAUCUUGCUCGAACAAGCCUAGGCUUCCAUGGAGUUCAGACCUCGCAAUUACACCGCCGAACGAGCGGCCCACGCGCUUCCUCGUGUGCGCACCGACAACCAUCCCCUCUCCGCUUCACCAUCACCUCACCUCCAGGUUGAUGUUGUAGAUCAUGGGAAUAGUGACUUUUUUGACCCGCUUAGAGGAUUGGCUGAUAAUGCAAUGGUUUCUGAAGAGGAUUUGCAAGAUCUUGAAAGUACUUUAAGUGAAACUUCUACUCAACUCCCGACGAAGGAAUGGAUGUCUUUCAAGAGAUUCUUAAUGCAGAGAUUUCCUGUCUCCAAAAUGGUUCCAAUUUCUUCAAUGUCCCAUGUGAUAAUGAAAGGUGUAAAGGCGUAUGAGAAAUCUUCUACAAGUACGCAUCUGGAGGAACUAGAAGAUCCAGAAAAAUAUGCAGAAGAGGUUGUCAAGGUCAUCACUCGGCAGGAGUAUGUCUCUCGAUUACAUGAGCUCAAAGAUGAAAUUAAUCGUGCUUGGUGUGCUAAUGAUCGUGUAACAUCUUUAAAGUUAUCUAUAAAGGUUGCUAGGCUUUUGAUGGAUACAUCAGUUUUACAUUUUUAUCCUACGCUCUUUGUUCUUGCUAUGGAUAUAAUGGACAUGCUUGGGGAUAUGGUAUGGGAGCGCAUCAAGUGCAAAGCUGAAUUUGCUGAAGAUGGAACCAGAAUCUGCUCUUUACCAGAGAACUUUCAAGCAAGUGACAUUUGCUAUGAUGCCAAGGAAACUUGCAAUAAUUGGUUCUGCAAGAUUGGUUCCAUUCAUGAGCUUCUUCCACGCAUUUAUUUAGAGCUGGCUAUAUUGCCCUGCUGCCGUUUCCUGGUUGACCAACCUGAAGACAAUCUCCAGCGUUUGGUUAUGAUGACAAGAGGGUUAGCAGAUCCGUUGGCAUCUGCCUACUGUCGUCUAUUUAUCGCCCACUGUGCCCAGAAGUUGCCUUCAUGUGAUAUAGGAUAUCUAGUUAAAUGUGUUAAUGACAUCAAUAUUCUAUUGAUGCGGAUUGCAUCAGCCAAAGAAACAACUCAUCAAAAUUCUACAGACAACAAAAGAUUGCUUUUCUCUCUGAUCGAACCAACCAUUGAGUAUAUAAUGAAAUGCAUAUUUAAGGAUGCAUCUGAGAGGCAAGUCAAUAAAGUACUUGUGGAGCUUGGAUUAGGAAGAAAUCAAGUGGAUUUGUUUGGGAGUUUACCAUGUGCCUCAAUUGUACUUCAUCAGCUACUUAAGGAACUUCCUGCUGAAAUUGUCACUUCAAAUGCUGUGGUGAUCCUUCAUAUCAUUGAACGUAGCAAUGAUUAUUCCUUUGACCAGUGUUUGAAUUACAGGUUACUUGGAUUCAGGCUGUCUGAAAGGAGAUCUCAUAUGGACAUUAUCCAUGUUGUGGUAGAUAAAGUUAUUCAGGUUGUCAGUCAAAACAACAGCCUUGGUGAGUACCUGAAGGUUGUGGAUGCUUAUGUGGAUAUUGUUCUUCAAAAUCAGAUGGAGAACCAUCUGAAAACCAUUUUAGGAGGUAUUUCAAACCGAGCAUGCAAUAAAGUGGUUACUGAAGAUGAAUUGGCAAGCUUGCAAACCAUCUUGGUGAAACUUCUUCAUUUCAAGGGCUUAGAAGAUGUACUUGCUUUGAACCAUUUUCUGGAGAUCUUAGAUAUAAUGUAUGGGAAUUCACGGAGCAUCGUCAAUAUGCAUGUCCUUAACAUGGCAACAAGGAACAGUUAUAUACGUGAUCCCACAACCAUACAGUUGCUUUUUGAAAUUUCUCAGUCUCUGCAUGAUGAUCUUGAUUUUGUAAAUGUGAAAGAUGAUGAUAACCAACCAGCACAUUUGAUUUCCCGUUUUGUCCAUAUGGUUGACUAUGGCACAGAGAUGGAACGCCAUUUAACAUUUUUAGUCGAAUGUCGUGGAGCUUUUGGUAGCUUAAACGAACUUAAGGAAACUCUUGUUCAUUCCAGCAACUGUUUAGCGAUUAAGGCUUUGAAAGAUGCAAAAAAACAUCUUAGUUUUGUCAAAUCUUGCAUAGCAUUUAGUGAAGUCACAUUACCUUCUAUUUCAGCUCGGAUCAAGCAGUUAAAUCUUUAUCUUGAGACUGCAGAGGUUGCCUUGUUAUGUGGUUUAGUCUCUCAUUCAGAUGGACUGAUAGAUUCUGGAAUCAGCUGCCUGCUUAGUUUAGACUUCAUUGAUGGCUCCCGAACAUCAGCUGAUGUUGAAGGAAUACUGUCUGCAAUUCAAAAAUUGUGCAGCCUCUUGGUUAUGGUUCCAGGUAAUCCUGAGAAAGGAGUCACCUACUUCCCACAUAACAUAUUAUUACUUGUUAAUUCCAGAUCAUGGAUGACCCCAGGAAUAAGGACGCGAAUUUUUUGUACAAUACUUACAUUGACAGCAACCCUAUCUCAAAAUAAGCUCCCAUACCAUGUAGAUAAUGGAGAGAUUUUUGGCAAUGACCUAUUGUUUUUCGGUGAUUCGUCCUAUUUACUUGAACUUGUCUCGUUGUCCGAGUCAGUUCUUCAGAACCUGGUUGAUGCCAUUCAGCAAGAGCCAUCUCGGGCUGCUCGUGGAAGCAUGGCGCUUGAAGCUUGCAACUGCAUUGCAUCAUCUUUUGUGUUAAGUCAUGGAUUAUCACAAAUCUGCUCCAAACUGAUAGAAACUGCCAAGUUGUGUUUGGGCGCCAGUGACAAACAUCUGCAGUCGACCAUCAAAUUUUUAGACAAAAACCUGCCAAAUCCCACGGCUGUACUAUCCAUUGCUGUCUGAAAGACAGAUGGUCUUAUGAUCUGCUAAAUUGGAAGUUGGCUUUGGAUUUGUUUAUUGUAAUUCUUUGAUUGCCAGUAAAUGUCUAUUCCCCGAGUAUAAAGUUGGUAGGAAAAUGUUUAUUUUGUUCAUAGAAGAUGCACGUCUUCACGGUAGAUAGGGAUCAACACCAUUAUAGUUGCAAUUGGAAUUUGUAAUGCCGCAUGCAGUCAGGGAGAAGCCGAGGAACUCCAUGUAGAUAGGCUUGCUCAGGAAGAUGUACGUCUUCACGGUAGAUAGACAUGUUCCUCACCUAUUAGAAACUCCAUGUAGCUCAUGUGAACUUCAAAUGCCGAACAAAUUCUAGCUGUCUGAGCAAGCUAUUCAUUUCACAA